GUUCGGUGCGGUCGUCAUUGGGAGAAGCUGCUUUUUGACCGGCUCCUCCUCCUCCGCCACGGCCGGGCCCCCUGGGCGUUAGAGCCGCCUCACGCUCACUCGCAGUCCGGCCCCGGGGAGAGGAAUGCGGUGGGACGCCGAGCCCCGCCGACUCGACAGGACAGCCACGAAGCCCCAAAUAGCACCGUUAUGGACGGCAAUGAUCCGUACUUGCACUUAAUCCGUCAGCGUACCGUCGCGCGAGUCUGAGGAGCCAGGCAGGCUACUGGCGCCCUGCGGGUGCCGCACACUUGCAAGCGAAGGCAUGUGGACACCUGCGACAUCACCUGCAGCUGGAGGCGGAGCCGGGCGGGAGCUGGGUUACGGCCACUACUGUACAGGGCCGAUGACCACGGCCCACCCUCACCCGCACUCGCACCCCCCACCAAUGGGCGGCAUGGUCGGCCACCCGUCCGUAAUCAGCACCUCCAGGCACCUGCCGUCCCCCAUGUCGACCUUGGGCUCGCCGAUGAACGGCCUGGCCUCGCCGUACUCCGUCAUCACCUCGUCCCUGGGAUCGCCCGCCGUGUCGUUGCCGUCCACGCCCAGCUUGAAUUUUGGACCGCUCGGCAGUCCGCAGAUGAAUUCUAUGAACAGCGUCAGCAGCUCAGAGGACAUCAAACCUCCGCCGGGCCUGCAGAACCUGGGGAGCAUCAACUACCAGUGCACCAGCCCGGGCGGGAUGUCCAAACACAUCUGUGCCAUCUGCGGGGACCGCUCCUCAGGCAAACACUACGGCGUGUACAGCUGUGAGGGAUGCAAAGGCUUCUUCAAGAGGACCGUCCGCAAAGAUCUCACCUACACCUGUCGGGACAGCAAAGAGUGCCUGAUUGACAAGCGCCAGCGCAACCGCUGCCAGUACUGUCGCUACCAGAAGUGCCUAGCCAUGGGCAUGAAGAGAGAAGCCGUGCAGGAGGAGAGGCAGCGUGGGAAAGAGCGGGGGGAGAGCGAGGUGGAGUCCACCGGCGCUUUCAACGAAGACAUGCCUGUGGACAAGAUCCUGGACGCCGAGCUGGCCGUGGAGCCCAAAACCGAGACGUACUCCGACAGCAGCCCCGGUAACUCGACCAACGACCCCGUCACCAACAUCUGCCAAGCUGCCGACAAGCAACUCUUCACUUUAGUGGAGUGGGCCAAGAGGAUCCCACACUUCUCAGAACUCCCCCUCGACGACCAGGUCAUCUUAUUACGAGCAGGUUGGAACGAGCUGCUCAUCGCGUCUUUCUCCCAUCGCUCAGUCACGGUAAAAGACGGCAUCCUGUUGGCCACGGGCCUCCACGUCCACAGGAGCAGCGCCCACAGUGCUGGGGUAGGCUCCAUCUUUGAUAGGGUCCUAACGGAGCUGGUGUCCAAAAUGAAAGACAUGCAGAUGGAUAAAACCGAGCUGGGCUGUUUGCGAGCCAUCGUCCUCUUCAACCCAGAUGCGAAAGGUCUGUCAAACCCAAUGGAGGUGGAGGGACUGAGAGAAAAGGUCUACGCCUCACUGGAGUCCUACACCAAACAGAAAUAUCCAGACCAACCGGGCAGGUUCGCCAAGCUCCUGCUCCGACUGCCCGCCCUGCGCUCCAUCGGCCUCAAGUGCUUGGAGCACCUGUUCUUCUUCAAGCUGAUCGGGGACACGCCCAUAGACACCUUCCUCAUGGAGAUGCUGGAGGCGCCGCAUCAGAUCACAUGACCCCUGCCCUCCCGCCCUCACUUGUAAAUAGCUGCCCUCCCUCCCUCACUUCGUCAGCCAUGUCAAGAUGACUUUGGGAGGACGGGGACAAAAGACUCUUAAAUUGUAAAGUUGAAGAUUUUAUAACAAUUCCCCCCGGAAAAAAAACAAAAAACUGUAAUUAUAUCUCAAAUUAUGGAGGACGGUUUGAAUAGCAUUCAUUUGUAAAUAGUUUAUUCAGGCAACAUUUGAAAAGGAAUCAGAUUUUAUUCAUAGAGUAAUUGUAUUAAAUAAAAAUAAAAAUCACUA